AUGUCUCAGCUCGUUUGGCUAAUCACUGGGUGUUCGUCGGGCUUUGGUGAACAAUUUGUCCACAGCAUCCUAGCCCGUGGGGACAAGGUCAUUGCUACAGCUCGCAAAAUUGAAAAGAUUCAGCACCUGCAGCAAGCAGGAGCCACGAUUCUGCAACUCGAUAUCACCGACAAGCAACAGCAAAUUCGAGAUGCAAUAGCGGCGGCGACAAAGAUACAUGGCAGAGUUGAUGUACUGGUCAACAAUGCGGCUUAUAUCGCGAUCGGGACAUGGGAGGAUCUCGAGUACGAAGACUUCCUUGCGGAAUUCGACACCAAUGUCUUUGGAACGAUAAAGGUAACUCGGGCUCUUCUUCCGCAUUUUCGAGAACGACGAUCAGGGACCAUGGUAUUCAUAGGCUCCUUAUCAGGCUGGGUUGGGCAUGCUGGAUGUGGUGCAUAUGCGGGCUCCAAGUUUGCUCUUGAAGGACUCGUGGAAAGUCUAUCGCGUGAGACUGCCCAUCUGGGGCUCAAGACACUGCUCAUAGAGCCCGGCAGAUUUCGCACGAAAUUGCUUUCCAGCGGGAAUAUCAAAUCUGUGGCAUCUUCGAUUCCAGAUUAUCAAGAGUUUUCAGAAACCUUGUUGAGUGGUUUGGGCAACGAGGAUCAAAAUCAACCAGGUGACCCGGUGAAAUUGGUAGAGAUCAUUCUGGAUCUUGUCAGGCAGGAAGGUGCCGCUGCAAAUCGAGACGUGCCACUUCGGCUCCCUCUGGGAGUAGAUUGCUUCGAUGAGAUGAAGGCAAAGUGCGAGGAAACACUUCAAUUGUUGGAGAAUUGGGAAAAUGUCAUUAGGAGUACAAACCGUGGUGACUAGCG